AUGUUGGCAAUGUCUCCAUUAUUAAGCCCUAAUUUGGGAUGGGAUUAUCCCAUACAAUUAGAGACUAAUCAUGUAUUUGAUAAUUUUGCCUUAGAUAAUAGUACAUUUAUUUCUAAUUAUUCACAAAUAACUCAAUUAGAUCAAAAUUAUCAUAAUAAUCAAGAUCAAUCAAAUGAUCAUGAUCAUGAUCAUGAUCAUGAUCAAAUUAAACGAAGUGGAUCGCCAAAAGGUACAAGUUCUACUAAUUAUUGUGAUAAUCCAAUAAUAAACAAGAAGCUUAAUCAUAAUGCAAGUGAAAGAGAACGAAGAAAGAAGAUUAACAACAUGUAUUCUUCGUUACGUGCUUUGCUCCCUGCAAUUCAUCAAAAGAAAAAACAAAGCAUUCCAGCAACGGUAACACGAGUGCUGGAGUAUAUCCCGAAGUUACAAAUGGAAGUAGAAAAUCUUACUCAUAAAAAGAAACUCAUUUUAUCAAAAAUUUCAAGCCUACAAGGAGAUUUUGGUGAUAUAAUUAAGGAUGAUGAUGAAAAAUCAAAAAAUUGCAUAAUUAAGGAAACGACGUCGUCCUGUUCAAUUAGUAUGAGUAAAAUUGAUGAUAAAGAAAUGGUGAUACAAAUAUCAGCAACAUUGGAAAGAAUAAUAAUAUCUGAAGUGCUUCUAUUGCUUGAAAUCAAUGGUCAUUUUAUUAUUCAUGUUUCUUCUUUCCAAUCCUUUGGUGGAAGGUCAUUUUACAACUUACAUUUCUGGAUGGGCGGAAGCAAUAACAUAAACUUUGAAAAGCUGAAAGGAGUGUUGCUGUCCCUUCUUCAAAAGCAAGAGCAAAUGCCAAUGUAUUCAUAG